AUGAAUCGUAGUCAAAAAUUUGCAAGGUUACUUCAGAUCUUGGGACAAUGUUCUGAAAGUAUUGUUUAUCAUGAUGAAAUUGCUUCUGUCGUGCAACGAAUUCGACAGAUUGAAUCAAUUAUGGCACCAAUUCAGUUCCAUCCGAAUCAAGUUUUCGAUGAAACCAAACACAUUGUAGAUCCAAUUGCUAAAAAAUAUCUUGAGAAAGCGACUAAUGAUGUACUUCAUCUUAUUCCGGUCAAAGUUGCUGAUGACGGAAACUGUUUAUACCAUUCAAUUCUUCUAUUAAUGAAUAAUCCAACGGUGACGACGGAUGAAUUGCGCGUUCGAACAAUUAUCGAACUUAUGACAAAUGAAGCUUAUUAUGAUAGCAUGUAUUCACAAUUCAUCGGAUCUGUUGCAUUUAUUAUCAAGGCUAUGUGCAAAAAUAAUACAUUUUCAGAAUUGUAUGAAAUUAGUGCAUUAUGCAAUGUACUUAAAUGUAAUAUACGAAGUAUCUAUCCGAAAAUUGAUUUUCGAGAAGAUAUGGCAAUUAUGAAUAACGUCUUUACGCCUGCUCCACCUGUCAUUGCCAACUGUAACAUCGCAAUUUUGUGGUCUCAUGUCCGGAACGAAACAGAUGCACGAGCUGCAAAUAAUGGCGCAUGGAGUUCCAAUCAUUUUGUUCCUCUUCUAUCAUCAGCAAUGCAUUACACAUCUGAACAUGGAAAUAAAUCACCAACGUUUGCCACUCCUGAAAAGAAAACGUUUAAGAAUAAUACUCCUACUCGAAUACGAAAUCCUGAAUUUGAAUGUUCUCCCAGCAGCCGUCGACGUAUCGAUAGUGUGGAAAUAUAUUCCACUCAAUCAAUCAGUUCAAGUGUACUACAACAUAGUCAAAGCGGCAUAGAAGAACAACGUCAAUUGCGACUUGAUGCACAAAGUGAACGAGCUCGGUCUAGCCGAAUGAACGAAACAGCUGAACACCAUCAAAUUCGGCUUGAAAAGCAAAAACGUCGAGAUCAAUCUCGUCGAUCAAAUGAAACAGAAGAACACCGUCAACUUCGCCUUGAAAAGCAAAAAACACGAAAUCAAUUGAAUACAGCAGAGCAACGUCAGAUUCGACUUGAAAAACAGAAAACACGAGAUCAAUUUCGUCGAUCAAAUGAAACAGAACAACAACGUCAAAUUCGACUUGAGAAGCAACGGAAACGAAGCGAAGCAAGCAGAGCGAAGAAGAAACUUGAAAAACAUACAUUUGACAACAUUGACAUUCAUCGACAAAAUAUCGAAAUGCAAUUUAGUGGAGCGGAAGAAGAAGCAUCAUUGGAUAAUAGCAGCACAAAUGAAAACAUCAUAAAGAAAAAGAACGACUCAAAUUAUUCCUCUUGGCCUGAAUCGAUUCCUCGUGAAUUAAAAGAGGCUCGAUUACAACAGUUUCUUCAACAUAUGUCCAUGUCAGUACUAGCUGAAGCUACUUGUGCAAUUUGCAACGUUCGUACUCCAAUGCAGCAGUCAAAAAAAGUGCCACUCUCAAAAAUUCCUAAUAUUCAUUUACUUAAAGUUUCUAACGAGCUCAAAAAUUUAAUUACUAAUGGUUCAUCAUCGUUAUCACAACAUUUAGAUGGUAACAGCACAGCGAUUCUUCAAAAUAUUCAAAUUCCUUCAACUUUCGAUUCUUCAUCAUUUCAUUAUGAUAAUGGUGUUAUCUUAUAUACCAAUGGAUUAUUUCAACAAAACAAGGUGAACAUGUGCACCCUUUGCCAAAAAUGUCACAGUUCUCUAUCGAAGAAACAAAUUCCUAAAUUCUCAGCUGCCAACAAUAUAUGGUUAGGUGACGCACCUUCUGAAUUACGAGGAUUGACAAUUCUAGAAGAAAAAUUGAUAUCACUCUAUCGUCACAAUAGCUGUAUCAUAAAACUUCAUUCGCCUUUCCAUUCAACUACAAGUGCUCAAACAGCAUUGAAAGGCAACUGUAUUACUUUUCUUCAAGAUGUACCGAACAUUGUUAAUAGUUUACCACUUACACUUGACGAGCUGUGUGGUACACUUAAGGUAAUUUUCGUCGGAGCUCAUCCUUCUGAACGCAUUCAACUUAAAAAAGUGCUCAUAGUACGCAAGAAGAAAAUUAUCGAAGCAUUACAUUGGCUGAAGAAACACAACAUACUUUAUCAAAAUGUUGAUAUAAAUCUGAAGAAUAUUGCUCAAUUACCUGAAGACGAUGUACCAGAAUGUAUUAUGUCAACGAUGGAACAGAAGAUAGGUGAUGAAGAAAUUCAAUCUGAAAGAAUUGGAUAUAUUCCAGAUCCAUUAUCUGACCCAAUAGAACGUACUAGUACAGAUAGUAUUCCUAUUAGUAACAGUGGUGUUCUCGAUGUCAAUGGCUCAUCAGUGUCUUCAGAUGAAAUUACUAAUUAUCUUUUGCACAAAAUUAAAAAUGACGGAACAAAGGAACAGAUGGACACCGAAAAUGUUUAUUUGAUUCCUCAUUCUUCGAAGUCUGUUAAUGAAUAUUUUAAUCCAAAACUACUCGUAGGUCUGUAUCCAGCCUUAUUCUGUUAUGGACGUGGAGCACCUGAAGAUCAAUCUCGUCCAGUUAAAGUAAAUUUACGAGAACACAUACGUUAUCUGUUAUCGUAUAAUGAUCGACGUUUUGAAACAAACCACAGUUUUAUAUUUGUCGUCUUCAACCUAUUACAACGACGUGAUGCUUGUUUUCAUGCUCAGCUGAUCGCAACAAAACCUUACUUUCGGGCAUCUGCUGAUGAAAUUCAAUCCUUGAAAAGUAAAGAUAUUGAAAUGGCGCUCGAUAACAUUUCCAAAAAAACAUACAGUUCAGAAUCCAACAGUGCAUUAAAUAAAUUAUUGCAUCAUAUUAAAACCAUCGGUGGCCGAGUUAUGGGUUCAGCAUAUUCACGUACGGCAUUACGUACACGUAUUCAUGCAUUAAUCUAUAAUCAAGGUCUGCCCAGUAUAUUUCUUACUAUAAAUCCAGCCGACAUUCACAGUCCUGUGGCAUUAUAUUUUGCGGGAGUCAAGUUGGAUUUAGAUAACAUUCAAAUAUCGCAACUGAUGACUACUUACAAAAGAGCCGAAAUUAUAGCUUCUCAUCCUGUUGCUACCGCAAAAUUUUUUCAUCUAUUAAUUUCAAAUAUCUUAAAUACUAUGAUUAGUGGUGGUGUUCUUGGACCAAUAAAAGCUUAUUUUGGUACUGUUGAAAGUCAAGGACGAGGUUCGCUUCAUUUGCAUCUUCUUAUUUG